CAUGCUUCAGAAAACAGAAACCCGCCUACUGGUAAAAGUUCUUGCUGGGUUCCUGCGCUGUAAUGAACACUAAUCCAUAAGGCCCUAAAUACAAUUGAUCGGAGCUGCUUCUAAAAUGGGGCGGCUCGAAGGGAAGGUAAUACUGCUCUCUGCCGCAGCCCAAGGAAUUGGCCAAGCGGUGGCUAAAGCUUUUGCAAAAGAAGGAGCUCAAGUUAUUGCUACAGAUAUCAAUGAGUCCAAACUUCGAGAACUGGAAAGUUAUCCAGGAAUUCAGAUCCGGGUGCUUGAUGUCACCAACAAAGAACAAAUUGAAAAAUUGGCCAAGGAGGUGAAGAAAAUCGAUGUUUUGUGCAAUAUUGCAGGUUUUGUUCAUCAUGGGACUAUUUUGGACUGUGAGGAAGAAGACUGGGCCUACACAAUGGAUGUCAAUGUUCGUAGCAUGUAUCUCAUGAUCAAAACAUUCCUGCCUAAGAUGCUUGAGCAGAAAUCUGGUAACAUUAUCAACAUGUCUUCUGUGGCAUCCAGUAUCAAAGGGGUUCCCAAUAGAUGUGUCUACAGUACUUCAAAAGCAGCAGUUAUUGGCCUCACCAAAUCUGUAGCUGCUGACUUCAUUGAAAAAGGAAUCAGAUGCAACUGUGUUUGUCCUGGCACUGUUGACACUCCUUCUCUGAGGGAAAGAAUCCAAGCAAGACCUGAUCCAGAACAGGCACUAAAAGAUUUUCUCGCCAGGCAGAAGAUGGGCAGAUUGGCUACCGCUGGGGAAAUUGCCCACCUCUUUGUAUAUCUGGCUUCUGAUGAAGUCAAGGAAUAGAGAUUCAAGAAUAGGGAAUCUGAAGCCAUCUACUUCCAGACAUUGCAGAGUUCUAGCUUCUGGCAGUCUCAGAUUAUAUGGCCAGUUGUGAAACCAUUACAAUGUGAAGCUCCAUUUGGUUUAUGUUGAUUUUUUUGACCAUAACCUACAGACGUCUUGGAACGGUACUUUAUUGCAGUCAUCAAGUAUCACAAGUUCCCCACUCCUAAUUUAAUGCCAAAUUUAAAACUCAGAAGAUGGUUCAUGCAAUUAGCAGUUUUAAUGGUAAUAAAACUUUAAUAGUAGCACAAAGUCACCAGUUCAGUCUGAGGCCCCUAAUAGCAUAAUGAUUAGCACAGCAAUCUUGUUCUGCACCAAUGUCCUUCUGUAUUAUUGCAUUACAGUCCCAUUUAAGAAAUGCAUUAGUCUGCGUGACUAAUAAUCCCCCUCCCCAAAAAAAAUCUGAAAACAGUUCCAAAUUUCUUUCAGAAGAUUAAAAAAGUAUGAUAUGUGCAAGAAUUAGUCUAAUAGAAAUAAUCAUGUGCUGUAUGGGACAUUAUGGUUAUUGUGAACUUCAGCCCUUAUUUCCUUGAAAUAUAAAUCAAGAUAUGUGUGGUAAAUGUGCCACUGGAAAGAUGUCAUGCACAUAUUUAUUGCCACAAUAAAUACCAUGCAAAAUGGAUUAGUAAAGAAAGGGGAUGUGUCCUUCAGUCAAAUAGUAGUUUUAAUUCUGGCACCAACUGCACUGUGUAUUUCAAUUGAGAAAAAGUAUUUUAACCUUUGACAAUCUAAAUCUUAUCUGACAUGCAAAAUAAUUCAUCUGUAAAAUUUUGGAUUAUAUGGCUACAUCCCAUAAUCAACCAAGGUGGCAUUACAAUAUUUUGAGCUUUAUGUGUAGGAUUUCAACACCAUUAAAAAUAACUUUAUAACAAAAAUUGCGUGGUGUUUAAUUAUAUAAGGGGAUAAGUCAGAUUCAACUGGCAAAUAGAUUUCCUUAAACAUGAAAUUGUUUUCGCAGUGAAACCAAGUAUUUUCCUUCAAAUAUUUCUUC